AUGGCAAAGCAGUACGACUCGGUGGAGUGCCCCUUUUGUGAUGAGGUGACCAAAUAUGAGAAGCUCGCUAAAAUCGGCCAAGGCACCUUCGGGGAGGUGUUUAAGGCAAAGCACCGCAAGACCGGCCAAAAGGUGGCUCUGAAGAAGGUACUGAUGGAGAACGAGAAGGAGGGGUUCCCCAUCACGGCCUUGCGGGAAAUCAAGAUCCUCCAGCUCCUAAAACACGAGAACGUGGUCAACCUGAUUGAGAUCUGUCGAACCAAAGCUUCCCCCUAUAACCGCUGCAAAGGCAGCAUAUACCUGGUGUUUGACUUCUGUGAACAUGACCUCGCCGGGCUGCUGAGCAACGUCUUAGUCAAGUUCACGCUGUCGGAGAUCAAGCGGGUCAUGCAGAUGUUGCUCAAUGGCCUCUACUACAUCCACAGGAACAAGAUCCUGCACCGGGACAUGAAGGCGGCCAACGUGCUCAUCACCCGCGACGGGGUGCUGAAGCUGGCCGACUUCGGGCUGGCCCGGGCCUUCAGCCUUGCCAAGAACAGCCAGCCCAACCGCUACACCAACCGUGUGGUGACGCUCUGGUACCGGCCCCCGGAGCUGUUGCUCGGGGAGCGGGACUACGGCCCCCCCAUCGACCUGUGGGGUGCCGGGUGCAUCAUGGCGGAGAUGUGGACACGCAGCCCCAUCAUGCAGGGCAACACGGAGCAGCACCAGCUUGCCCUCAUCAGCCAGCUCUGUGGCUCCAUCACCCCUGAGGUGUGGCCAAACGUGGACAAGUAUGAGCUGUUUGAGAAACUGGAGCUGGUCAAGGGCCAGAAGCGGAAGGUGAAGGACAGGCUGAAGGCCUACGUGCGUGACCCCUACGCGCUGGACCUCAUCGACAAGCUGCUGGUGUUGGAUCCCGCCCAGCGCAUCGACAGUGACGACGCCCUCAACCACGACUUCUUCUGGUCCGACCCCAUGCCCUCGGACCUCAAGGGCAUGCUGUCCACCCACCUGACGUCCAUGUUCGAGUACCUGGCCCCGCCGCGCCGGAAGGGCAGCCAGAUCACCCAGCAGUCCACCAACCAGAGCCGCAAUCCAGCCACCACCAACCAGACGGAGUUCGAGCGCGUCUUCUGA